AUAAAGAUCGUGGAGAAAAUUAAGGAUUUGUUCCACUGCAAACCAAAAGAGAUCCUUUAUGUUUGUGAAAGUGACUCCUUAAAGGAUUACGUGACGAAAAGAUUUCUGCUUGGAAAUUGAAUGGCUACUGGGAAAAUGGACAUUAAUGUUAAUUUGGAAAUUAACUCUGCUCAGCUGGUUUUAAAUGUGAGAAGAGUCACUCUUGGGGUGAAGAAUAGAAACAAAAUGAAAGAUCGUAAACUGUGUAAAAAGCAGAAUGAAGACAUCUUACAAGCUGUUAUUGCUUUACUAAAUUCUGGAGGGGGAAUGAUCGAGGUUGAAAUUGAGAAUGAAAACUAUAGUUACCAACGAGAUGGAAUAGGACAAGAUUUGGAAAAAUCUUUUGUAAAUAUUUUUCCAUCUGUUCUUAACUACUUAUCCUUUAUUCAGUAAGUUAAAUAUUUUUACAUUUUUGUCAACUCAUGGAGCUCAGAAACCUCUGGUUUACAGAUUGUCACCUUAAAGACCAAUUUGUACAGAAGGGAUGUAACAUGUACAAAUAUGAUGCGUGUCACUGAUACACUGGAGAUCCUCAAGGCCAAGAUCAAAACUGGAAGGAGAUUGUCUGGACCUAAAUUGCCUCCACAGGCAGAUGUACAAAAAGAGAGUGACAUAAAGGACUUGGCUGAUGCCUUUUUUAACAGGACACAACUUAAGUACAAAGAAAAAGUCCCCUUUACUGAAUCCACACAUGUUGAAAUGAAAGCCUUCUCAACAGGAAAGUGGUUACAACGCGUUAAAGAGAUCCUCCCUCAUUAUGUUUCUGCUUUUGCAAAUACUGAUGGGGGAUAUUUGUUUAUUGGUUUAAAUGAAGAAAAAGAAGUAAUUGGCUUUAAAACAAGAGUGGAAGAUUUUAACAGGAUAGAAACACAGAUAAAAGAACACAUUAAGGAGUUGCCUAUCUACCACUUCUGUAGGCAGAAGAAGCACAUAAAAUCCACAUGCAAAUUCAUUGCAGUAUAUGAUGAAAGAAAUGCUUGUGGAUAUGUCUGUGCACUCAAAAUACAUCCAUUCUGCUGUGUGGUGUUUGCUAAGGAGCCGGAAUCCUGGCAUGUGAAAGACAACAAAGUGAGGCAAUUUACCGUGGAGGAAUGGACUUCCACAAUGUUGUCUGCUAACCCAGGUGUGCGAAGAUGGCAGCCAGCCCCGGUCCAGAGAAAGCCCCCACAGCUGGAGAUUGGAUCUUUGUCCAUCCUGCCCAUGGUUUUUCUCUUGUCCAGAGAUGUCUUUGUCACUCAGCAGCCCAAGCUCUUGGUCUGCCCAAAGCCCUUUGGUCUCAACACUGCUGUGUUUGAGGGAUGA